AUGCUCACAUGUAGCCUUCGACUUACAGGCCGCUCUGCUUACGAAAACUCUCAACUCACGAACUUCGACCGACGUAACCAUCCAUGCUUGGAUUUUCGUAGCAUUCGCCAAAUAGAUAUAAGAUUCCUGAGAAAAGGAAAUUUGCUCAAAGUUUCACUUGACUAUAAGCAAAGCGUAGAAGUCGACUACGAAUACGAAGACGACGACUUACGCAUUGCGGAAUUCCUUCACAACAAGAGAACCAACGAAAAGGUCGACGAAAGUUCGACUCUAGCCUCCGAGAAAAGGGACUGCGACGCUUUCGAAAUCCCUACGGGACGGGUUAUGUCCGUCAAAUCAGAAGCAUGGGUCCGGCUUCCGAAGCAAUACUGA